AGUCAGCAUGCUCUCUGCAUUGAUUGCUCCCUUCAAGUACAUGAGCCCUGGGACCACCAGCACAGAGGAUGAGGACACUUUAAGCACCAGCAGCGCUGAGGUCAAAGAGAACCGAAAUAUCGGUAACCUAGAGGACUGCUGUUCCAUUGUCCCGGGCGACCGCCAAUCAACGUUCAGAUCGGACACAUCUAGGGGCGGGACUUCCGGUCUGAAGAGGAAGCGACCAUUGGAGGAGGACAAUAACGGACACCUGUGCAAACUCCGUCUGAUCUACAAGAAACUGUUGUGGUCGGACUCACCAAAGAAUGCCCUGGUGCAGCUGAACGAGCUGAGGCCGGGCCUCCAGUACUGCAUGGUGUCCCAGACCGGCCCCGUCCACGCACCCCUUUUCUCAAUUGCCGUAGAGGUGAACGGCCUCACCUUCGAGGGCACGGGCCCCACCAAGAAGAAGGCCAAGAUGAGAGCGGCCGAGCUGGCCCUCAAGUCCUUCAUUCAGUUCCCCAACGCUCCUCAGGCUCACCUGGCCAUGGGUAACCACAGCAACCCCUCUGCAGACUUUACCUCGGACCAGGCGGCAGACUUCCCAGACACUCUGUUCAAGGAGUUUGAGCCGUCGUCGUGUGGCGGCGUAGUCGGCGACAGCUUCUCCCUCUACCGGUCGGCGUCGGAGAAGAGCGAGCUGCGCCUCUCCAGCGCCCUCCGGCACGGCCGAUUACUUCGCCACACGUUGGACCUAAUGGUGCAGGCCAAGCAGCGGUUGGCAGGGGUCCCUGUGGCUAUCCCAGCCGAGGCCCCCAAGACCCCCGUGGUGCUGCUCAACGAGCUGCGUCCAGGCCUGAGGUACGUGUGCCUGUCUGAGAGGACAGAGGGGCGGCGGGCGCGGAGCUUCAUCAUGGCAGUCCGCGUGGAAGGGAGGAUAUUCGAGGGCUCCGGACGCAGCAAGAAGCUGGCCAAGACCCAGGCAGCCCAGUGUGCUUUGCAGGCCCUCUUCAACAUCAGGCUGGCUCCUGAGGGGAGAGGAGGCUUUAAACCCAGCAGGAAUAGAUGCCCUCAUUUGCCCCAGGACUUUGCCGAUUCAAUAUUCCGCUUGGUGAGGGAGAAAUACCACGAACUGGCAGACAGCUGCACCCCCAUGCAUGCACGACUCAGAGCCCUGGCAGGUAUCGUAAUGACCAGAGGUUUGGACCUGAGACAAGUCCAGGUGGUAGCAUUAUCUACCGGGACCAAAUGUAUCAAGGGAGAAUACAUCAGUAACCAAGGACUGGUGGUCAACGACUGUCACGCUGAAAUCACAGCCAGAAGGGCCUUGGUUCGCUACCUCUACUCUCAGUUAGAGCUCUUCUUAAGCAAAAGGCGAGAGGACUGGGAAGAGUCGAUAUUCGUCCGGCACAAGGAGUCAGGGUACCGGUUGAGGGACAACGUCCAUUUCCAUAUGUACAUCAGCACGUCGCCCUGUGGAGACGCUCGCCUCAACUCGCCCUACGAAGUCACCACCGACCUGCACAGCAGCAGACACCUGCUGAAGAAGUUCCACAGCCACCUGAGGACCAAGAUCGAGUCUGGGGAGGGGACCCUGCCUGUGAGGUCCUCCAGAGGGGCGGUCCAGACCUGGGACGGGGUACUGCAGGGGGAACAGCUCAUCACCAUGUCCUGCACAGACAAGAUCACCAGAUGGAACGUCCUGGGGCUGCAGGGGGCAUUGUUGAGUCACUUUGUGGAGCCGGUGUACCUCCACAGUCUGACGGUGGGCAGCCUCAGACACCCGGGUCACUUCAACAGGGUGAUGAGUCAGAGACUGGAGUGCCUCGGACCGCUGCCCGCCGCCUACAGACGCAACCAGCCUCUCCUUAGUGGUCUGAGUGUCAGCGGUGAGUGUCGUCAGCCGGGGAAGUCUCUGUGUGUCAGUGUGAACUGGACUUGUGGGGACGGUCAGCUGGAGGUGGUCAACACGGCUACGGGACGGAAGAGGGACUCUGGGACGCCAUCAAGGCUCUGCAAGCAUGCUCUGUUCACCCGCUGGGCAAGGCUGUACCGCAAGUUGAGUAUCCAUGCUUCCGGGCCCGUGGACCAGCCACUGAUGUACUGUGAGGCCAAGAUGGCUGCCGGCUCUUACCAGACUGCCAAACAGCAGUGGUUCAGAUCGCUACUGGAGACAGGCCUGGGAACCUGGAUGAAGAAACCUCCAGAGCAGGAGAGCUUCCUGCUACAGGACUAAGACACAUUUCAAUUCAUUCCAGCCAUUAUUAUGCACACGCACACCAGCUUCCUGUGGUGUGCGUGUCCGUGUUCAUCCUUCCGUUUGUGUGCGUGUCUGUAGAAGGAGCAUGUGGCAGUUGGCUUUAUUGUUGUCCGCUGACUUUGGUUUGCUCUACAAGCCUCCAUCUCCUCCUCGGCAAAAGCCACCUUUGAUGUCGGUCGUUCAAGUCCCACCACCAAAAAAAAAAAAAAAUGGGAAUGAAAGAAAGAAAGUGGGUUUGAUCGGACCUCUCCUUCAAUAUCCCGCCGUUCCCUGGUUGUCAUGUCAGAGCCAGGGAGAAGGCAGGAAAGAAGGCAGGGUAACCUUGGUCAAUGUGAAAGCCAGCCGCUAUCUUGUCAUCAGCCAAUUGGGAGCGGCGGUGUGCCUGCAGAGCUCCAGCGGGGAUGGGGGACAGGGCCAGCCAAUUACAGAGCCUGUCAUUGUGACGUGUGAUGGACAGAGUGAUGGAGAAAGAGAAAAGGACCACAGAGAACCAGAUAGACAACUCACCGUUACACACACACACACACACGCAAGGACACACACACAAAGAGACACCCUUGCACACAGGCCUCGUUCACAUACGCUCCCGGUCAAAAGUUUUAGAACACCUACUCAUUCAAGGGUUUUUCUUU